GAUUCAUGUCAAGUAAGUGUCAGAGACGUCAAGAGGCGUCAUCAAUAGUCCGAGAUGAAGGACAUUAAAGCCAAGCUGCUCUUUUACUCUUCCCCGGAGGUAUUCAGCUCCUGCAAUUUACUGCAACAUGACAUUUCGGGAAUUCUCCUGGAAGCCAAAGUUUCAGUCUUUAUCCCCUAGUUCCGAGAUGCCUCAAUUCCUUCUCCACAGAGAUUGGAACAAACAUGAAUCCGCUUCCUCGUUGAAUUUCAUCUCACCCCCUCCAGUCUUACAAAUUUCCGGAGAAAGCCCUUUAUACCCGGGUCUCUCUCGGUCUUGCGAGUCUUCCCAAAGGCCCGAGAGGCAUGACAACUUUUCACCCUGCCGAGCACACUUCCCCUCUUCUCCGCCGAGAUGGAAAUCCCCAUCCCCUCUUUCCCCUUUCCUUUUUCCUCUCUGCCCGCCCGAACGUUUGGCCGAGAAGUUCACCCACCAUCUCACUCACUCACCACCAGGCUCCUCUUCCCCUCCCGGAUGAAGUUCUGCUAUCGAUUUUCCUGACAACGAAGAUGACAUCUCGACGUUCUCCUAUUGAUUACUAACCAUACCCACCAAGACACGACCUGUCACCCCCUCAAACGCCACGAUAUCACAUCGCAAAUCCGGGGUGCCAAGACAACGAACUCUAACCCAAACUGGAACCCCGCACCCCAUCAUAGUACCCACCUUUUAGACACGAAAAAAAGGAUGUGAUAAGAUCGCUCACAUCCUACCAUCUCUAGUGAACGGGUGAAGGCUCCGACUUGCUCGA